GACGACAGAUGGCAGUGGGUGUUGUAAACAGGCCAGCCACGGGCGUUUAGCAAUGCUACAUCUCCAUUUUGUAUGUUUUUCAUAGAGGUUAGAACCUACUUUCCUUUUCGCUGUGUGCGACACAGUCAAGUCAGUGCAUUUUGGAUGCAAUUUCAUAUCUAACAUAUUAUUGGAGUGGACUGGAUGAUUCAAUCGAUUACUUGCUUAUUUGUUACCUGCAGUAAGCAAGCAGAAGUUUUCAGAUUGCUAGCCAGUUUGCAAGCAAAAUAACCCCAAACGAAAACAUGUCAGACGAUGCAUGGAGUCGCACCAACUACCAAACGUCAGAGGGGUACAGUAGACAAAUGGAUUGAAAGAUGAAUCAAGGAUGAGUGAAGAAAAGCAGGAAUAACAACAGAUAUGACGUCCAUCUGAGUAGCUCCUUCUUGGAAUAUAGCGAUAACCACUUUGAGGGAAUCGUUCUCACCAGCGCUCCCCACAGUGCCAUGUCUGUUUCCUCUGCAACCACCACCUCUGUGUUUCUUCCAUCCAGCCCACUUAUGCAACCGGGCGACGUGCCCAACGGACUCAGCAACCCUCCGUCACGUGAAGACGUCACUUCAGCCUCCAUAACGGCCACCGCAUCUGGGGGGCUCUACCUUGAAGACCCAGAGACUCCAAACAUAGAGACCCCCAAGGUUAGUACCAAGGACCAGCGAGCUCAGGCUCAGAAUCUAGUGUUCCCGCCCCAGCAGACCAACACCUCCCUGGGGUUAGGACUUUUUACUCUUGGGGAGACCUUCUCCUGCUUGGAAGCUAGCAUCGCAGACCUCAACCGCUCCUCACCAAGCAUGGAUUCCCUGAUCGGGGGCUCGGACCCCAACCUUUUCCCCAUGUCCACAAGGACGGAGACAGACUUCAACCGGGACCAGGACCCUAUGGAUCUGGACCAGGAUGGGUACAUUGGAAAAGAUCAGAAGCUGUUCAACGACAACACCAUGGAUCUCCUCCAGGACUUUGAGCUAACAGGCUCCCCCUCAGACUUUAACGUUGGGGACGAUGAGUUCCUUUACUCCCUGGCUGAUGGGUCUCUCCUGGGGGAUGAGAGCCAGGAUCGUGGGAUUCCAAACCCCAGCUCCAAGCAAACUACUACAACCAACAUUGGGGGUGGUAUUUUAAGCGGUUCCAACAGCACCACAUUGAAUGGUAGUCUACUAACACGUCAGGAUGAAUCCAGCUCCGGCACGCCCGCAACCGGCAACAACCCUGCCACCCCAUCCGCCACCUUCCCCAUAGUGAAGAUGGAGAAGGACACUGGGUUCAUCCAGCUGUGUACUCCAGGUGUGAUCAAGCAGGAGAAGAACUCGACCUCGCAUAGCUACUCCUGCCAUAUGACCAGCGGUACCGGGGGAUCCGCUUCCUCCUCAGGGCUCUCCAGCAACAGCCCGAUCUCAAUCUGUGGUGUGAGCACCUCCGGAGGACAGAGCUACCACUUUGGAGUCACCAGCAGUAGCAACCCCCCCACUGUCAACGUCUCCGCUUCUGACGCCGCCGGAGCUUCUCAACAGAAGGAUCGGAAGCCACCUGUGUUUAGCUUGUAUCCUUCGCUGGGGACUGCGGGCGAGGCCUGGAACAGCCGGAGUUAUGGGGACGGAGGCCUCUCCAGCCUGCCCUCCAACUUCUCCAGCAGCUAUGCCAGUUCCAAUCCCAGACAGGAUGGCGGGGCUUUGACGAAUACAACAACCCAGGCCAAAGCCGGCACCAUCCACAAGAUCUGUCUGGUGUGUUCGGACGAGGCGUCUGGCUGCCAUUACGGGGUUCUCACAUGCGGAAGCUGUAAGGUGUUCUUCAAGAGAGCCGUGGAAGGUACGCUGGCAAGGGGGCAGCACAACUACCUGUGUGCUGGGAGGAACGACUGCAUCAUUGACAAGAUCAGAAGGAAGAACUGCCCAGCGUGCCGCUUUCGCAAAUGUCUCAUGGCGGGGAUGAAUUUGGAAGCUCGUAAAACGAAGAAGCUGAACCGUUUAAAGGGGCUUCAACAGCCCGUGGAGCCGGCGCCCACCCCCCUCCCAGAGGCCAGGUCGCUGGUGCCCAAGUCCAUGCCUCAGCUCAUCCCGACCAUGCUGUCUCUACUGAAGGCCAUCGAGCCGGAAACCAUCUACUCCGGCUACGACGGCACGCUGCCCGACACCUCCACGCGUAUCAUGACCACACUCAACCGGCUGGGGGGGCGACAGGUCAUAUCAGCCGUUAAAUGGGCCAAGUCCUUGCCAGGUUUCCGGAACCUUCACUUGGAUGACCAGAUGACCCUACUGCAGUGCUCCUGGCUGUUCCUCAUGUCCUUCGGCCUGGGCUGGAGAUCCUAUCAGCAGUGUGACGGAAACAUGCUCUGCUUUGCUCCAGACCUCGUCAUCAACGAGGACCGUAUGAAGCUGCCCUACAUGGCGGACCAGUGUGAACAGAUGCUGAAGAUCUCCAGUGAGUUUGUGAGGCUGCAGGUGUCUCAUGACGAGUACCUGUGUAUGAAAGUGCUGCUCCUCCUCAGUACAGUGCCAAAGGAUGGUCUGAGGAGCCAGGCGGUGUUUGAUGAGAUCCGUAUGUCCUACAUCAAGGAGUUGGGCAAGGCCAUCGUCAAGAGGGAGGAGAACUCCAGCCAGAACUGGCAACGUUUCUACCAGCUCACCAAGCUGCUGGACUCCAUGCACGAGAUGGUUGGUGGACUGCUAAACUUCUGCUUCUACACGUUCGUCAACAAGUCCCUGUCGGUCGAGUUUCCAGAGAUGUUGGCAGAGAUCAUCAGCAACCAAUUACCAAAAUUCAAAGCUGGGAGUGUCAAGCCCCUCCUUUUCCACCAGAAAUGACUGUGUGGCGCUACCACAGCUGGCCUUAAAGUCCCACCGUCUCACCCCCGAUGGAGGGCGACAGGGAAAUGAGAGGAGGGAGAAAGAUGUUAUGCAACGUACAGGGGUUUACGGAUUUCUGGGGGGGAAACCGAACGAAAGAAGGCGAGACGGAGAGAGAGCCCAGAGUUUUUUUUUAGUUUUUCUUUUUUAGCUUUGUUUAACAUGAAUGGUCUAUGAUAAAGUAUAACCAUAGGAAUAAACGUGUUCAUAAAGUUUAAAGAUAAUCAGAGAUUAAAAUAAACUAACCAUUCA